UCAUUCGCUUAUCUCUCAUGUAAGGUUGGUGGCUAGCUUUACGAGAGCUUCUCUCACUGCCCAUCUCUUCUUUAUCCGAUUUCUCCAAGCUAGCCUUCCAAUGGAGCUUUGUUUUCCAAACAUUUUGACAUCUUUUCUGCUUGUACUUGCAGUAGCUGUAUCAAGUGAUGCUGCUCUACCUUCUGAGAUUUACUGGAAAUCAAUGCUACCCAGUACUCCAAUGCCAAAAUUGGUUCAGCAUCAAUUAACAUCUGGUGCCUUUGUAAAUUCUGGUCAGCUGCGAAAUCUUGGAAAGAUGACUGUAGUUCCUAGUUCCGUUAACAUAAAUUGGAAUAAAUUUCAUAAAUGGGGUUCUGCGAAGAAGAAGCAGGGAAUAGCAGGUUUUCAAAAUAAGAAACAACUGAAGAAUAAUAAUGUUGAUCCUAAAGAUGUUGAUUACUACUUCUUAGAGGAAAACUUGCAUCCAGGCAGAAAGAUGACUUUGGAGACUUCGGAGCUAUCAGGAGACCAUAGAGGAGCUAUCCUCUUAUCCCGCCAAGUGGCCGAUUCAAUUCCUUUCUCCUCAAACAAAUUACCAGACAUCUUACAUCGGUUCUCAGUGAAUGACAGAUCAAUAGAAGCAGAGGCCAUGAAGGAGACAAUCAUGUCUUGCGAGAGGCCAGGAGAUGAGAUAGAAGCAAAGCGCUGUGCAACAUCAUUAGAGUCGAUGAUAGACUUCAGCAUUUCAAAGCUGGGGAAGAACAUCAAGGCCGUGACGACGGAAUUUGAAUAUGGAGAGAAUUAUAAUGGGAAGAAGAAGAAGCAGUUCAUCAUCUCUUCAGGCAUCAAGAAAAUGACUGGAAACCCAGUUGUUUGCCAUGGCAUGACAUACCCAUACGCUGUCUACUACUGCCAUGUGAUACGUUCCACAAGGUCGUACGUGGUUCCAUUGGUCGCUGCUGAUGGGACAAAAGCAAAGGCCAUCGCUGUGUGCCACACUGACACUAAGGAUUUCAGCCCUGACCACAUAGCCUUCAAAUUGCUUAACAUUAAGCCGGGGGGAGUUCCUAUUUGCCACUUCCUUCCAGAUGAUACCAUUGCCUUGUUUCCCAACUAGAAUUUCAUAUAUAUGACUAGUAGUACUAAUAUAUAUCUCUCUCCAGCCUUGUAUGAAGUGUGUGUGUGUUUUUGCUAUCUAGCUAUAUGUCAACCUUCGCCUAUUAUCUACAGAUAUGUAUUGCUUGUGUGUAUUUCACAUCAUUAACGGAGGGAGGAUCAACUUGAAAUUAAAUUAGAA